AGUUCGGUUUGUGGAGCUAUGGAGUCCAUUCCGCUGAGGCAUUCAAUCUCUGCAACUUCUCAAAGCUUCGUUAGACGAAGGAAGGGAAACCAUGGAAUCCCUUUCUAUCGCAGGAGGUUUCACUCACGACGAACUGGACUUCGUCGAUUUCCUUCUAUUCAUUCCAAGCUAUCUGAUUACCAAGAUUUCCAGGACUAUGCAAAGCCUGCACGCCUUUUGCAAGCAGCAGAAGCUAAAAUAUGCACAGAUAGCUUAACAGAAAAGGAUUUCACUUCUCUUAGGAAUGAUGUAUCUCAAUCUUUGUAUAAAGUUAAGUUAGAUACUAGUAAUUUCUCGGCCUCAACUCUGACUGACUUGAAUGCUGGAGUUCUAUUGUGUUUGAUAGAUGAAAAUGGAGACUCUUUAUUACAGAGAAUACCUGCAAGUUUGGUUAAACAGAGGUCUGUUGAUUCAGAUAAUGACUUGUUAUUCCCUUUUCAAAGAGGUUCUGUGGAUGAAUUAACCUUUACCGGACCUAACUUAGAGAGAAUUAAAGCUAUUUGGAUUGGUCUUGAAUCAGGCCAAUGGAGGUUAGGAAGAGCGAGCUUGGUGGUUGUUUCUGAGUCCCAUCCUUCGUCCAAAAAGAAAGGCAGAGAAGAUCUUCAGUAUGUCAGUGUCAAGUAUGAAUUUCAAGCUGAGGAUAUCCUGCUUGGGGAAGGAAGUAACAUUUCGAUGCUAGAACUUAGACCUUGUCUUGCUACCGAAAUAUCUGGGGUUGAUCCCUCUACCUUAAGCCUUCCUGCAUCGACGACAAUCGAAACCCAAAAGAUGUCAAAUGAGGAAAGCAUGAGACAAUAUGCAGAUCUUAAAUUCUCCUUACUACUUUAUGAUGCCAUAUUGAUCCUUAUCGGUACAUCAGCUGCAUCUUUUUCGGCUGGAGAACAUGCAGCUUUUGCAUUUCUAGCCGGUGGGAUUGGUGGCUUCUUGUAUCUUCUCCUAUUGCAAAGGUCAGUCGAUGAAUUACCAGCUCCGGAAUCAAGUUCCCAGAACAAAGGAGCAACUGAUCAAAUGAUUGGAGGGUUUAAAGGCCCCAUAUCUACCGUUGCAUUGGCAGUUGGGUUUGCCUUAUUUGCGGUUAAGUAUAGCUCUGGAGAUUUUCCCAUGGAUUUUACACCAAAAGAUCUCAUAGUUGGUAUGCUGGGAUUUCUUGUAUGUAAAGUUGCUGUAGUAUUGGCAGCUUUCAAGCCUCUGGAAAAUGGUUUGAAGAUAAACAAGUGAAUUAUUUUUCUACAAGACUAAAUGUUUAUAUAAAUACACAUACAGGUAUAGAAAGAAAUUGAUGGCUCUCCUUAGUUCCAUGUUUAUAUUUUUAUUUACCAUUUAAUUCUUUUUUUUUUAACUUUAGUUUUCACAAGUCUUUUUGUGUAAAAUUUAUCAAAGGAAUUAAUUAACUUUGGAAACAUGGUUACACCAAAUUGGUGAUGCCUCAGUUUUAUGAUUA